CCGGUGCAGACAUGGCGCUGUCGCUGCUCACCGAUCUCUAUCAGUUCUCUAUGGCGUUCGGUUACUGGCGGAGCGGGCGGCACCGGGAGAUGGCGGAGUUCGAGCUCUAUUUCCGGGAAGCUCCAUUCGGCGGCGGAUUCUGUCUGUUCUUCGGGCUGGGGGAGUGCGUGAGCUUCCUGCAAUCCUUCUCAUUCUCCGCCCAGGAUAUUGCUUAUCUGGAAUCUGUCCUGCCCAGCACUGUGGAGAAGGACUUCAUGGAUUUCCUGCUGACGGUAAACGCGUCAGAGGUCACAGUGUCCUCCGUUCCAGAGGGAUCUGUUGUAUUUGCCAAAGAGCCUUUGAUGAAGGUGAGAGGCCCUCUGCUUGUGGUGCAGCUUUUAGAGACAACACUGCUUUGUCUGGUGAACUAUGCCAGCCUUGUCGGUACCAACGCAGCUCGGUUUCGUUUGGCAGCUGGAUCAGACAAAAAAUUGAUUGAAAUGGGUUUGAGAAGAGCACAAGGCUGUGAUGGGGGGCUUUCUGCUUCCAAAUAUUCCUACAUGGGAGGCUUUGACUCCACCAGCAAUGUUCUAGCUGGGAAGCUUUUUGGGAUCCCGGUAGCUGGUUCUGUAGCCCACUCCUACGUCUCGUCCAUUUGCUCUCCUGAUGAAUUGAAGUGUCGGACACUAAAACCUGCAAAUAAACAAGAGGAAGAGGUGGAUUUCUUGCUCCUCACGCAAUCCUGCCUUAGGAAAGUCUGUCAGGUCCUCAAAGUGCCCCAGGCAGAGACAAACCUCGGAGAGCUGGCAGCCUUUGUGUCGUACGCCAUUGCGUUUCCGUGGAAUUUCCUGAUGGUUGUUGAUACUUACAGUGUGUUAAUGAGUGGAGUCCCUAACUUCUGUGCUGUGGCACUGGCACUCCACCAGCUGGGUUACCAAGCUCUUGGUGUUCGGCUCGAUAGUGGCAAUCUUGCUCGGCUGUCUGUACAAAUUAGAAAAAUCUUCCAAGUUUGCUCAAAACAAUUUGAAAUUCCCGAAUUUGCAAAAUUCUCCAUUGCCGUCAGUAACAGUAUCAGCGAGCACAGCUUGAAGCUUCUGGCCCAAGAAGAGAAUGAAGUCAAUGUUGUAGGAGUGGGCACUCACUUGGUCACCUGCACUCGACAGCCGUCCCUGGGCUGCGUCUACAAGCUUGUCCAGGUUAAUGAUGUGCCUUGCUUUAAACUAAGUGAGGACCAAGAAAAAGCAACCAUUCCAGGAAGCAAGACCGUUUACCGGCUUAACGAUGGCAACGGUCGUCCUUUUCUGGAUCUCAUGACCCUGCAAGAUGAGCCGCCUCCUGAAUCCAGAAAAGAAGUGAAGAUCUACAAGUUGGGACCAGAAUUUGAAACAGACAUUGUGAUACCGGAACAAGUCACGUGCAUUCAUCGCAUCUACUUCAAAAACGGACAGGUGCCAAGUGACCAAUUUUUGCCAAGUAUUAAUGUAAUACGAUCUCAUGCACAAAGAUCUCUGCACAGCCUUGGACAAGAGCACAAGGAUCUAGAAAAUCCACGGCCAUAUACAGUUGCAGUGACUGAAAAGCUCCACAGUCUGCUGACCAAUCUGAAGAGGACAUCACUGUUGCAGUAAGGCUCUCUCGUCCAAAGGAACCAACUCCUGGCCUGCGAUCAAUAAACAGGCAUCCUGUCUCUCUGAGGAUCUCCCAGCGUGGGGAUAGGAGCGGCUGAUUGUGUUUGCCUAUGUGUAUAACAAGGUGAAAAAUCUGGGAGUCUGGCCAAGCCAUCCCUGGCUGCUCCUCUUAUAACCAUCAUUUAGAUGGAGAACUGUGUACGUCAGCAGUUUCGUUACAUUAAGCCGGGCAGGUGAAUGGGUUAAACACUCUUCACGAUGGACGUUUUCCUUGUGGCAUCCAUCACCACCACACUUGCGGGGUCUUAUCUCAGAAACUCCAUCCUGAAAGAGGAAUGUUUACCUUUGUGACAAUUCCUUUCCUCACCUCACACGGAAGGAUGAAGUAAUGCAUGUUCUUUGCAUGCACAUCAAUUACGGCAUUAUGUUACCGUGGUAACCUCAUACAGCCUUGGUAUAGACACAUUGAUAUUCUCUGUGCACAAAACAUGCCUUUACUGCCUUUCUUUUAGUGAAAAUGCUAAAUAUAUUUUUUUUUAAUAUGAAGCUCAACGAAUUGCUAUUUUUAUUAAAUACUUUUGACAUUUCUUGAAUACAUUUCAAGCACAUUGUUAAUAAUAUAAUGGAUAAAAUGUUGUCCUGAGCCUUUGGAAAGUGCACUUUAUGAAUUCCAUUUAUCUUAAUAAGCUAACUGCUUUUUUAAAGAAAAUAUUUGUGAUUGGAGUGUCGGCUAUAUACUACCCACGGGCACUGAUGGUUUCUGAGCGCACACACACUCUCCCAGAAUGCCUAAUAAUCGAACUACGUCCAAUCUCGGUGGGAAAGAUGAACAUCACAAUUGGAUACAUUGUGUAGUCACAUAGAAUG